GCCCUCGCCGGACUCACGGAGGCUCGGCUGUGGCUGUGGCGGGUGCAGCGGGCCUCAUGGCGGCGGGGCCGCCGACCUCAGGUGCCGCCGUAUCGGCAGCCGCCUACCCCGACUCCCCCGUGGAGUUUCCCGCUCGCCUUCGGGCCGGCGCCAUGCGGAGCCGCUUCUGGGGCGUGCUCAACUGUCUGUGCGCCGGCGCGUUCGGGGCCCUGGCGGCCGCCGCCGCCAAGCUGGCCUUCGGCGGGCAGGUGAAUAUUGGUUUGUGUGUCUUAGGCAUUAUUGCCAUGGCAAGCACCAAUUCUCUGAUGUGGACCUUCUUCAGCCGGGGCCUCAGUUUCUCUAUGUCUUCAGCCAUUGCAUCUGUCACAGUGACGUGUUCGAACAUACUCAGCUCGGCCAUCUUAGGCUACGUGCUGUACGGAGAGUGCCAGGAGGUCUUGUGGUGGGGAGGGGUGUUCCUCAUCCUCUGUGGGCUCACCCUGAUCCACAGGACACUCCCACCCACCUGGGAGGCAAGCAAGCAGCAGUGAUAGACCCACUGUAAAGGUGACCGCGAUGCCCAGCCAUGGGUUGGCAAAUAGGACUGCUUCCAGGGUGGCCUGGGAGUGCAGCCUUUGGCUGUCGGCCGCAAGGAGAUGCCCAACCAACCUCAGGUCUCUGGCCAGCUCACAGCCUGGAGUGUUGAAGCAUUAGCUCCUGUCAGAUGACGAUAACCACCACAGCAUGAGGCCCAAGCCCUUCAGUGUUGGUACAGGGCUCUGAUUCGUGCACCAGGGCUUGCCCUGAUGCGCCCUGGAAGAGUCUGUUGGUUAUGAUCCUCCUACCUGACCAUGACCCUUCAUAUACCCCGGAGUCGGCAGCUGGCGGGACGUCCUGAUGGAAAAAAAGCAAAACAAACUUACAAUGUGUCAGGUAGUCUGUCCACGCCUAUGAAUCCACAGCAAAGAAAGGAAACUUGGGCUGCUAAUAAAUCCUACUUUGUAAGAUAAA